UGGAUCUAAACCCAUCUUUCUAACCCACCAACUAUUCUGAAUCUAGCCUACCAGCUUCACUAGCGGUUUAGACAAAAAAAUCCCAAAUCCCCAAACCCAUGCAGAAGCCAAACCGCGGAGAUAAUAAUCCCAACUCCACCUAGGGCAAGCAACCCAUUCACUUACUCACGCCACCAAGCCACGCCACUCACCUACCUACCUAGUACCAUACAACUUACUAAGCGCAUCCAGCCAUGGAGGACAAGCUCGCAUCACCCGCGGGCUUCGGGUUCCUCAAUUACAGCCUGAACGCCGAGCCGUCCGUGUCCUUAGCACCUUCCGAUCCCGGCAUCUCCGUCAAGAAAGACGCAUUCUGGAGCUACUGCGGGCCGCUCCUCCUCGCCGAUCCGGACUCCCUCCCGCCGAGCCUCCAUGAAUGGGCCGACGCCGCCCUCUCCAGCCCCAGCCCCAGCUCCAUCCUCCCCCUUUUCCUCCCCUUCCUCACCUUCAUCAACGCCCUCCUCGCCAGCCACGGCCUGCACAACUACUGGCUGACGAUCCGCGCCACCAAGGCCAGCGGCGAGUUCGACCAGCCGCGGUGGCACACGGACGACCUGUUCUUCAGCGACUCGUCAUCCUCCCCAUCAUUUUCCUCCGGCAGCGAGGAUGGUUAUGAGAGGGGGGUGGGGGAAGGGGGAGGGCGGCUAGAAAGGGAACUGGAUCUGCAAACGGACUGGAAGCUCUGCGCGACGCUCCUCGGCCCCCCCACCCUCUUCAUCCCCGCCCCCCACCAACCCGCCGCGCGCACCGCCUCGCUCGCCGCGAAGCGCGAGCUCGCCACCCCCCACACGUGCACCGCGAUCCGGUGUCCCGGGUGCGGGGCCACGGCGGCCGCCGUGCGGGGGCGGCUGGCGGCCGAGCUCGCGCCGCUGGGGUCCGCGCAGCCGCGCGAGGGGGAGUGCGCUGUGUUUCGGAUUGGCGAGGGGGAGGGGGCCGUGCACUCGGAGCCGCGGAUGGGAGGCGGGGAUCGGAUCUUCGUUAAUGUGGUGCCUGGGAGACGGGGGGAGCUGGAGGGGCUGCUGGCGAGGUGGGGGAUGGGGUUCCCGAGGUCGUGGUGGGUGGCGCCGGGGGUGCUGAGGCGGCAUGAGUUGAUGUGAUGUUUGGCCUACCUAUCUAAGUGGGUACCUAGAUACUUGGGUCACUUGAGCAUCUGCAGAGAAAGGGGAGGCUGGGAGGGAAUCGAGAGGUUGUAGUUGAGAUACCGAUCUGCUAACAAACGAGUGGCUACUAUCUACCUAAUCUAUGAGUACCUAGGCGGCCUACUAGGUAACCAGCUAGCUUCAUCCUCACUUAUCUUAUCCUUAGACACCUAGGUAGGUAGUUCCCAUUUCUUCCUGCUCAGAUUCACAAGUUCCCGGUUCUUUAGCAUGUUCAAGUGUCCCGGCAGGUAAAUGUCUACAUGCUUUUGGAAGACCAGAUCUUAGUGCCGCUGUAUAGAACGAAAUCCCCCUCGUUGCGCACGACGCAGACCACGGUAUUAUCACCG